AUGCCGAAAGCUCCAACCAAAAAUGAACAGAUCGCCCAACUACGCAAUCAGCUUGAAGAAGAGAGGAAAGCAUGUGCUGCUCUUCGCCAGACGGUCGAUACGCAAUUAGUUACUAUUGAUUGUACUGUCGGACAAUUGAAAGCUGCAGAAGAAAGACUGAUUCAAGCGAAAUCCACCUCGAUUUUCAUGAGAAGACUUCCUGUAGAGCUUCGUCUCAAGAUCUACAAACUACUUCUGACGAAUCCUAAACUAAGCGAAGUCGAAUCCAUCGGUAAGACGGCCGAUUUUGGGAAGGAUGUCAAGUUCGAACUCUCCCCAGCCAUCUUACGUACCUGCAAAGUUAUUCGAGACGAAGCGGAACCAAUUCUCUACGGCUCAAACACUUUCGUCCUUGAAUGCAUUGGUGGUUAUGGUCCGCUUGGUUCCAUCCAUGUCCCACAAUCACCACUCACGAGAUAUGAUGAUGCUUGUUCGGAUGGUUUCGAUGUUGAUAGUGAUACAGAGGAUGAGCUGGAACGUAAUUUGAUGGGAUAUUCGGGAAAUGAAUUUCAUUUCGAUUUCACCACCUUCAAAGCAUUGAAAAAAGUUAAACGUUGGAGAAUAAUCACCAGUGCAUACAGGCCAACUCCAUUGGACCCGAUACCAUCAAAGUCUUUCGUUCACUUCUGUCAGGCGUUAUGUCAAGAGGCACCGACACGACCAGAAAGGUCUAUCGAAAUCGUUCUUGGGCUUGGAAGAGUUGAUUCUGUUAGCAAGACCGAAGAUGCUCAAUAUAAAUUCUCCAAAGAACAGUUGAACUUUCUGUUACAACCAUUGAGGCUUUUGAAAGACGUUAAAUUGGAGUUAACUAUCGCACAAUGGAAGACGGAUCUGCCAGUAUCAGCGCAAUUGUGUGGCGGCAGUAGUGAAUUUUACUUCCUUUGCAAUGAAGGCGUGGCCACUCUUCAAAGAUUUAUGGAUUUGGCUCCACCUAUCGUUCAAAAGUAUCAAGCUCUAGCCAAGGAUCCUUCACCUGUUGAAAAGGUAUUUAAGAUGCAUAAGAGACUGGAGCAGUACGCAAAAUCUUUCGAAAGAUCUGAAAGAUUUAGUAAAGACAUGUGCACUUUGCAGAAAGGUCACGUGAGUGGUAGGAGAGAAAGUCGUGAUUAUGGUUGGCAACUUCCUAGUCAUUCUCUUGGCAACCCAUUCAAAGGUCACAGUACUUCCUCGUAUCAUCCAGUGGAGCUUGCUUUUUCUAAAGCGAUCGUAGCCAAAGAUAAGGAGGACGUCACUCAGUUCAAAGCUGCUAGAGCUUUGAUUUUGAGAGAGUUAGAACCUCAAUAUCGACGAAUGAUUGAAGCUUCUAAAAAGUUGAGAGCUUUUGUCGAAAAAGAAAAACAUUCAGGAGUUUUUCGUGAGUGUGCUGGUUGUGGAAUUUUUCAUCAAUAUGAAGAAGACCCAUACGAAAAUAUUCUUGGAUCAGAUUUGGAUCGUUACAUCUAUGAGCUUGAUAAGAUCGCUGAUUUGUUGAAGCGAGCUAUGCCAGAUCAUAUUCAAAUCCAAGUAGACAAAGGAACCACAAUGUUUGAUUCAGCAUACUUUCAUUUGCCUAGGGAAAAGCUCUUUCGGAAAUUACGAUGGAUGCAAAAGCAAGAGCUAGUUGGAAAAGAUCCUUCACAAAUAGCAAAAUGGGCUAAACGACUUGUUGAAGAUAUGUGGAGUGAGUGUCAAUUUACCAGUUGGGCUAAGGAGUGCCUUUUCAAAGAUGAUAUCACCGACAUUGGAUGUAGGAUCAAUCAAAAAUUAGGUCGGGGAUUGAAGGAUGAAGAGCUUGAGUGGAUGGACGGAUUUGAUAGUGAAAGUGAUGAUGGUACAUUUCGUGGAUUUCAUGAACGUCGAGGAGAUUGA